CUUCUGUUCCACCUGGGGCCACCAUAAAAAAGGAUUAUCAUUUCUGAGCAGAGGAGGAGAGCCGCAGGACCUCGCAGUCCCCAUGAUCCCUGUUUUGGGGGUGCUGGUACCCUGACCCCGCUAUCCACAAAGAUGAGGAAACUGAGGAGAUAUGUGCACCUGGUGCUGUUCUGCCCCCUGUCCAAAGGACUCCAGAGUCGCCUUCCGGGUAUCAAGGUGAAGUACCUGUUCCUGGCCUGGCUGGGUAUUUUCGUGGGCAGCUGGGUGAUGUACGUUCAUUAUUCUUCCUACUCUGAACUCUGCCGGGGCCACGUUUGCCGCAUGAUCAUAUGCGACCAGUACAAAAAAGGAAUUAUUUCGGGAUCGGCUUGCAAGGAUUUGUGUGAGGACCACAGCCUGGUCUUCCAGCAAUGCCUAUCAUCCUCACCCAGGCACCAGGUCUACAGAGGAUCGUGGAAGGACAGGGAAGUCAUCAUCAAAUGCGGCGUGGAGGAGAACCUGAAGGUGGAAAAUAACCCCGACGUGGUUUCUCGGCGAGAACUCGUACUUUUUGAUAAACCGACGCGAGGGACCUCGAUGGACGAAUUCAAGGAGAUGCUGCUGUCUUUCUUAAAAGCUAAUUUGGGGGACCAGACAUCGCUUACGGUCUUGGUGAGCCGGAUUCUGGUCAUGGCCGACGUGAAUGACGACGGGAAGGUGUCCCUGGCGGAAGCCAAGUCCAUUUGGGCUUUACUGCAGCUCAACGAGUUCCUCCUGAUGUUGUCUCUGCACGAGAAGGAGCACGCCGCCCAAAUGCUGGGACACUGCGGCGACCUCUACGUCACGGAGAAAAUCCCCCACGACUCUCUGUACGGCGCCCAAAUGCCCGCUUUCCUCGAGGCGUUUCUGCCUGCGCCCAUGCACAGAGUCGUUUACCAGUGGUUCGCUCCGGCGUGGCCAAGGAGGGCCAAGAUCGCCAUCGGCCUCCUGGAGUUCGUCGAAGAGAUUUUCCACGGGACGUACGGAAGCUUCUUCAUCUGCGAGCCCAACUUCAAGAACGUCGGCUACAACGAAAAGUACGACUUCAAAGUGGUGGACCUGCGGAAAGUGGCCACGGAGAUGACCAUCAAGGGGUUCCUCAAAGGCCGGCACUGCGAGCAGAACUCGGACUGCACCUUCGGAAGGGACUGCACGGCCGCUUGCGACAAACUGAUGAAGCAGUGUAAAAAUGACGUCAUCCAGCCGAACCUGGCCAAAGCGUGUAAGCUGCUCCAGGACUACCUGCUCUACGGCUCCCCGUCCGACCUCAGAGAGGAGCUGGAGAGGCAGCUGCGGACUUGCAUGACGCUGAGUGGCUUGGCCAGCCAAAUGGAGGUCCACCAUUCUCUGGUGUUAAAUAACCUGAAGACUCUGCUUUGGAAAAAAAUAUCCAAUACCAAAUAUUCCUAAGCGUUCUCGUAAAGACGGGAAGCGUUUCGUUUUCUUCAACUAACUUUUUGGACGUCGGAGAGACGACGGGCAGCGCUCUUCCUCGAAACGCCCAACGGUUGCCGUGACGCCCACAAAAAAUACCGCGGUAUAUAUUUCCCACAAGCUGAGGUCUAACCGGCCUGAGAGAUAUCAGUAUUCAGAGCGCUCCGACGUCCCGUCCGGCUGAUACCGCGUCACCUCUCCACUCGCUGUGCAAAUUUGUUUUCCCGCGAACGCUCCAAAUGUAAAUAAAUGGCUUUUACGUG